AUGAAGCUCUCACUUGCCCUGAUCAGUACUCUGCUUACGAGCUCCCUCGCACUUUCGGUCAAACGACAAAACGAUGUACCCUCCUGCGUCAACGGCGAUGUUGCCGACAGCAACGGCGGUCCAUACGAGGGUGUGCUAAGAGCAGCUGCAACCGACGAAUCUACGCGACCAGCGACAGCUUCAGACACUGGAAGCGACAAGGAAACGUUCCGUUCCAACCGAUUAGCCGGUGAGAUGGUCUGA